AUGUCCACGCCUGCGACAAGGGCCCUGCGCGUCGCGCUCCACGGCGACACCAUCCUCACUCACCCGCGCUUCAACAAGGGCACCGCCUUCCCCGCCCACGAGCGUAAGGCGUUUGGCCUUACUGGACGUCUUCCGUUCCGGGUCAAUACUCUCGAGGAGCAGUGUCGGCGUGCAUACGACCAGCUUUCCACUCGCGAUACGCCUCUGCGCAAGAAUACGUUCCUCCAGAGCUUGAAGGAUCAGAACUGGACCCUGUACUAUGGUCUUAUUAGCCGGCACUUGAAGGAGCUCAUCCCGAUCAUUUAUACCCCGACGCAGGCUGAUGCUAUCGCGAACUACUCCCAUCUGUUCCGGCGAAGUGAGGGGAUGUUCCUGUCGUUCCCCAACCAAGACAAUAUGGAGGAGGACUUCUUGGAGCAGACGCGAGGACGGGACAUCCAGUUAUUCGUAUGCUCCGAUGCGGAGGCGAUUCUUGGAAUUGGUGAUCAGGGCGUCGGGGGUAUUGGUAUUACCGUAGCAAAAUCGGCCAUCUACACGCUGCUCGGCGGUAUCGAUCCAUCAAAAGCCGUGAGUGUCACGUUGGACGUAGGCACAGACAACGAGGACCUGCUGAACGACGAUCUAUACGUUGGCUGGCCUAACGGGCGUGUACGAGGGAAAGCGUACGAUAAGUUCAUCGACAAGUUGCGUCGUGCCUUCCUCCAACCAUUGGUCCGCAAGUACCACCCUCACAGUUUGCUACACUUUGAGGAUUUUGGCGUGAACAAUGCGAAACGCUUGUUGGACUACUAUCGGGACCAGCACGCGGUAUUCAACGACGACGUGCAGGGUACCGGUGCCGUUACGUUGUCGGCGUUGAUGUCCGCUGUAGGUGUCACGAAGUCCCGGCUUCUUGACCAGCGUAUUCUCGUCUAUGGCGCGGGCACUGCUGGACUCGGCAUCACCAAACAGCUCCGUGACGCCAUAGUGCAGAUCGACAACGUCUCCGAAGCUGAAGCAAACAAACGGUUCUGGCUGCACGAUCGAUACGGGCUCGUGAAACAAUCACUCGGUAUUAACAAGAUCCGCGAUGCACUACAGGAGUUCGUACGCCCGGAUGACGAGUGGGAAGGCGUGCCGACGAACGAGAAGGGCGAGAUUGGCCUGUUCGAGACUGUACGAAAGAUCAAGCCAACGGUGCUCAUCGGAUGCUCAACACAGGGCGGUGCGUUUACGGAGAAGAUUAUAAGGGAGAUGGCCCGCGGUGUCGACCGCCCGAUUAUCUUCCCCUUGUCAAACCCAAGCAGACUCGCGGAGGUCAACCCGAAGGACGCGAAUGACUGGACGGACGGCAAGGCGCUGAUGGCGAGCGGCAGUCCAUUCCCGCCCUGCAAGCACCCUCACGGUGGCAAGGACUACAUUGUUGCUGAAUGUAACAAUGCCCUCAUCUACCCUGGCCUUGGCUAUGGCGCGAUGAUCACCCAAGCUCGCUCCCUCAGCGACUCCAUGAUUAUUGCCGGCGCACGCCGCCUGGCGUCGCUCUCUCCUGCACUGAAGGACCCGGACAGCGCGCUUCUUCCGGACUUUGCGGAUGCACGGAUGGUAAACACCGAGAUUGCCAUCGCGGUGGCGGAGCAGGCGAUCGACGAAGGCCUUGCCGACAUCCCCUGGAAGAGAGACGAGGUGCGCGACCAUGUCAUGGGCGGCAUGUGGGAGCCUGUCUACCCUGAGCUCGUCUACGACAAGGAUGGGCUGCAUUGA